CUCACUUCACAUAAAACGCGUUAACUUGCCUCACAGAGAACUCUGCAAAAGGUAUUUAUAGACCAACAGAGAUUAGGUACAACACACGAUCUGCAUUGUUCAUCAAAACCAAAACAAUAGAGUUGAAGGAGAAAGUGAUUGAGGAAAGUAAGGAAAAUGGAUUCAAUGAGGGUAUUGGGGAGCAAAAAUUUGUUAUUAGAGAAGAAUGCUCAUGUAGGUAGCCAUAGAUGUAUUUCUGCCAAUUUAGCUAUGCCAGUCUUAGGGAUUGACAAAAGAAACCAGACUGGUUUUUCUUCUCUCCCUUCAUUGUGCACUAAUUCUUCUUUCAUCUCAUUGGGGAGAGGGCUUUCCAGAUCUAGGAAAGUCGCCACAAAACUUACUUCCAGAACUAGAAUUGCAGAACCUGAAAUUGCCACGGAAGAGCGCAUUGAGGAAUAUGAAAUUACUGGCGAAGUAGUACUGCAGAAGGUGGCUAUUCUCAACCUUACGGACUACUGUGCAACAGUAUCUGACGAAGUCUCUGAAUUGAUGGGGAAAAAGGUUUCUCUUCAGCUUGUGAGCAGCGACCAAAUUGAUCCCGAAACGGGAUUAGGAAAAACGGUUGGGGAGCCAUCUUAUUUAAAUUGGAACCCGUGGGACGGACCCAUUUCAAGUGAGACACGCUACACAAUCAGCUUUAAAUGGAACUCUGCGCUUGGUUUUCCCGGUGCAUUUGUCGUAAAAAAUAUGCACAGCCGAGAGUUCUAUCUUAAAUCACUCACCAUAUCCAUCUCAGGUCAGGGGACAGUUCAUUUUGAAUGUACUUCAUGGAUAUUCCCUUCUAAGGUCAACCCUAAUGACCGUGUUUUCUUCGCCAAUAAGACGUUUCUUCCAGAUGAAACUCCAGUGGGUUUGAGGAAAUUCAGGGAGAUGGAUUUGAUAUCCCUCCGAGGAAACGGAACCGGAGAGAGGAAGGUGUAUGAUCUCAUAUAUGAUUAUGAUGUCUACAAUGAUAUUCAGGGGUCGGAGACAGACCCAGAUGUGCGAAGGGAAGUGCUGGGCGGAUCGCAGGACUUCCCAUAUCCCAGAAGAUGUAGAACCGGUCGUCCACGCAUUAAAAACGCCCCGCAAUUCGAAACCCGAACAAGCCCGUUCUUUAUUCCGCCGGACGAAAGGUAUCCUUACUCAGACUUUACUGACUUUACCGCUCACAUAAUCACGGCAGCUGCUAACGCCAUUAUUCCCACUAUCGAGGAUAUCCGCGAUGGCGCCUUCGAAUCCUUCGGUCAAAUCAGUGAGCUUUACAAACGGGGAUUGAGAAGCCCCAAUAAUUCUCGCCGGAAUCUCCGUCAAAUUAAUAACCCAGUCCUAUUUAUCCAGCGACUCUUCGCCGACCUGGAGGAUGAUCUUCCUCUCAUAAAUUUCAAUCCUCCACAAGUUGUCAAAGUUGAUGAGUUUGCAUGGAGAAAAGACGAGGAAUUUGCACGUCAAACACUUGCAGGCUUGAAUCCGUUGGUGAUUCAGUGCCUAGAGAACUUUCCUCCUUCCAGUAGCUUAAAUGAAAAGUUGUACGGCCCACAGAAGAGCGCCAUCACAGCCCAACACAUAGAAAAAUAUCUUGAAGGCCUUUCUGUGGAUCAGGCUACUGAACUGAAAAGGUUGUUUAUUGUGGACUACUAUGAUGCUUAUAUGCCCUACAUCGAGCGCAUUAAUAAGCUUUCCAAAGAUGUUAAAGAAUAUGCAAGCCGCACAGUUUUUUUCCUCACGAAGGAAGGAACAUUAAAGCCAGUCGCCAUAGAGCUGUGCUUGCCACCUGUUGAUGAGAAAGCAGCUGUAAGGAAGGUUUUUACACCAGGGGAAUAUGGGACAGAAGAAGGACCACUGUGGCAACUGGCCAAAGCCCAUGCUAGAGUCAACGAUGCAGGUUACCAUGAGCUCAUCAGUCACUGGCUGACAACUCAUUGUGUAACAGAACCUUUCAUUAUCGCUACACACAGACAACUAAGCAAAAUGCACCCAGUAUACAAAUUAUUGAUACCUCAUUUCCUUGAUACCAUGGACAUUAAUCAGGCUGCCCGCCAGAGCUUGAUAAAUGGAGGAGGUAUUAUUGAAUCUGGCUUUACCCCUGGUAGAUAUUCUAUGGAAAUAUCAUCUAAAGCCUACAAAGAUUGGAAAUUCAAUGAGCAAGGAUUGGAAGCUGAUCUACUUAAAAGGGGAAUGGCAGUACGGGAUUCAAAUGUACCAAAUGGUUUGAAGCUUGUGAUCGAGGACUACCCAUAUGCUGUGGACGGCAUUGAAGUAUGGUUUGCCUUAAAGCGAUGGGUUUCAGACUACUUGUCUCUGUUUUACAAGGACAAUAUCUCAGUUAAAAAGGACAAAGAGUUGCAGGCUUGGUGGGAUGAAAUAGUAAAUGUGGGGCAUGGAGACCUCAAGGACGAUCCGAGUAGAUGGUACAAGAUGGAAUCUUUAAAUGAAGCAGUCCAAAUAGUGGCAACUAUCAUCUGGACUGCAUCUGCUCACCAUGCUGCUGUAAACUUUGGGCAGUAUGCCUAUGGAGGAUACAUGCCCAAUUUUCCCACCAUGAGUAGGCGCUUGGUUCCAGAGAAGGGAACACCUGAAUAUGAUGAACUCCUUAAGAACCCAGAUGCAUUUUUCCUCAAGACCAUCUCUACUCCAAAGCAAGCUAUCAUUAUCAUGGCUGUUUUGGAAGUUUUGUCAGGGCAUGCAAGACAUGAGGUAUACGUGGGACAGUUGCAGGGGUCUACCAUGGAUAGAGUAGACGAUCCACGUGUGGGGGAAGCAUUCGCGAGAUUUUCAGAAAGCAUGAUAAAGAUUGAGAAGAAUAUAAAGGAGAGGAAUAGUAACUGUCAAAUUUACAAGAACAGGGCUGGACCCGCACAAGUUCCUUAUACCUUACUAUACCCUGACACUACUAAUUUAUCGAAAUCAGGUGGUCUUACAGGUCAGGGAGUACCCAAUAGCAUCUCCAUCUAAUAGAUUUAAAACAUUUAAUACAUUAUAACUCAGUUUGGUUCCAAUCUAGCUUUUCUGUCUUUAUGUCGAAAGGCAUUUAGUUCAAUGGUAAAAUUCAUGUUAAAUUCAUGUUGUAAGCAUUUAGAUAGUACUGAGUUCAAAUCUGCUAUAAUGCGAAAAUGAGUAAUAUUUAAAUUGAAAAUGUGUAAUGGACUAAAAGAUCAAUCAAUUGAGUGUUAUUAUAA